AUGACGACUCAAAACCGACAAGACAUCGAGUGCGCAUCACCUUCUCCCAAGGUCAACCACAGCCUCGAAAACCCUCUUUCACCGAAUUUAAACGUACAAAAGACAAACACCAGCACUUCGAGCAAUGGAAAACCCGAAGAUCCUCGCCUCAUCUCCCCACGAAGUGACUACUUAUUGGACUGGGCUUUGAAGAUCCUCGGUGUAGCCGCAGCUCUCCUUUUCGGAAUAUGGGCGCCGAUAUCCUACAAAGCGACAGCGGAAGGAAAUAGAGACAAUGAUGCAUCGCAAAGCGAUAUCUCGGAAAAACUAAGCGCGAUGAGUGAACAAGCCUCGCAAGCCGCGGCCAUGCAGACGUCUGCGGCCAGCGCACUAGCUCAGGUGCAAAAGCAACUCAAUAAUCUGGGAACACUAAGAGUAUGGGAGUUUUGCGAAGGAAGAACAAACCAAAUCUCGGCCUGCGCGGCUUUAAAUUCAUCUUCGAAAGUCAACAAUGUCGUGUCCCAGUUGCUCAGUCUUUCACCUGUAGUGCCGGAGGGGUCCAGUCGUACUCCUAGUACGACUGCGGAUGCUACUUCUACUGCUACUGCUCGGCCCCCAGGAGGAGGAUCUCCGAAAGGGGGGAAUUCAACGAACUUAUCACCCGCGAUAUUGGGGGCGAUAUUGGGGGCGGUAUUCGGAGGAGUCAUUAUUGUGAGUCUAGUGACAACAGUCCUGGUGUUGCGAAGACGGCGGAUCACGCAAAGGACAUCAGAGGUCCUGAUUCGCAACAUGUAGUGGUAAGCUGAAGUAUGGCACAGAUAAUCGCG